CAAACCAGCAGCAUCUCAGAAGAGAGACUAAGCUACAGUAGGCUUAGCCACAGCCAUGGAUACUGUCAAACAUCAGAAAAGGAAUACUUCAGCACUCAAGAAAUCUAGGUCUGCGAAGAACAUCAAUCAUUACACAAAUGUACGUGGUCUGCCUUCUAUCGAGAAGAUUGUGAGCUCAGUGGAGGACACCCCCAGGCCCAUCAGCACCCAGAUCAUUGGUACAAUCCCAGAAUGGAUCAAUGGAAACUUCCUGAGAAAUGGGCCCGGAAAGUUUGAGAUCGGAAACCACAAGUUCAACCACUGGUUUGAUGGCAUGGCUCUCCUGCACCAGUUCAAAAUAUCAAAUGGGCAAGUGACUUACAAAAGCCGCUUCCUGUCCAGUGACAGCUACCAGACCAACAAGGAGCACAAUCGCAUUGCGAUAUCUGAGUUUGGGACUGUAACCAUGCCGGACCCCUGUAAAAAUGUCUUCCAGCGCUUCCUGUCAAGAUUUGAAUCACACAAGCCCACAGACAAUGCCAACGUGAGUUUUGUGACCUACAAAGGUGAUUAUUAUGUCAGUACAGAAACCAACAUCAUGCACAAGGUGGACCCUGAGACACUGGAGACGACUGAAAAGGUGGACUGGAGCAAAUUCAUUGCUGUGAAUGGAGCCACAGCACACCCUCAUACUGAGCCUGAUGGUACGACAUACAACAUGGGAAAUUCCUACACCUCGAAAGGAUCAUACUACAACAUUAUCCAAGUGCCACCAACCAAGAAAACAGAAGAUGAAACCCUGGAGGGAGCGUCAGUGCUGUGCUCGAUUCCUUCAGUGGACAAGACCAAACCUUCAUACUAUCACAGCUUUGCGAUGUCUGAGAACUACGUGGUGUUCAUUGAACAGCCCAUCAAGCUGGACCUGCUGAAGAUCGUGACAGGCAAGCUGAGAGGAAAAAGCAUCAGUGAUAGCAUAUUCUGGGACCCAAAACUCAACACAAUCUUCCAUCUGAUCCACAAACACUCUGGGAAGGUAAGCUCCAUCAAGUAUCUUGCAAAGCCACUGUCAACCUUCCAUCAGAUCAAUGCAUUUGAGGAGGAUGGAUUCUUGAUCAUAGAUUUGUGUGCAUCAGAUGAUGGCCAGGCAAUUACAAACUACAACAUCCAGAACAUGCGCAAGUCUGGAGAAGCUCUUGAUGAGGUGUACAACACCUUGAGUAGAGCCUUCCCCCGGCGAUUUGUGCUGCCUCUCAAUGUUGACCGCGACACACCCUACAACCAGAACCUGAUUACCCGGCCGAACAGCAUAGCUACUUCUGUAAGAAUUGCCAAGAACAAGGUGUUCUGUACCCAUGAGGACCUCCAUGGGGAGGAUCUCCAUGAAUACGGAGGUCUGGAGUUUCCUCAGAUCAACUAUCACAAAUUCAACACCCAUCCCUACCGCUACUUCUAUGGCUGUGGCUUCAGACACCUUGUAGGGGACACGCUGAUUAAGAUGGAUCUCUGCGGAAAACGGAUGAAGGUGUGGGAACAUCCUGGUCAGUAUCCAUCUGAGCCGGUCUUUGUUCCCUCUCCUAAUGCUACAGAGGAGGAUGAUGGUGUCAUCAUGUCUGUGGUCAUCACUCCAGACGAGGACAAGAGUACAUUCCUUCUGGUGUUAGAUGCCAAGACAUUUGAGGAGCUGGGCAGGGCGGUGGUACCUGUCAACAUCCCCUAUGGCUUCCACGGGACAUUCAGUGCCACAGCUUAGACAUCUGAUGGAUGUACAUGUGACUUCACAGGGACACACCUACACUGUGUACAUGUUGACUUGAGAGCAAAGACCCUCACUUAAAGAAUUCCUUUAUACUUUUUCAAUGCAUGAAAUAGCAGAUAUAAAAACACUAGUUUUUAUAUCUGCUAUUCAGUGUUCUCCAUCUUCAGUGAGGUUGGACUGAGAGUUUGAGAUAUGUUUUUAUAACCUAACGCUGCUUUAAACUUCUCCACAAUUUUAUCCCUUACCUCUCAGUUGUGUUCCUUGAUCAUCAUGAUGCUUUUUGGUCACUCUCACAAACAUCGGAGGCCUUUACAGAACAGAGUUAAGGGGGCUGAAUAAAUACUAACACCACACUUUUCAAAUUUUUAUUUGUGAAAAACGUUGAAAACCAUAUAUCGUUUUCCUUCAACUUCACAAAUAUGCUUUACUUUGUGUUGAUGUACCAUAAAAUUCCCUUAAAGUGUGAAAUCUGGAAAACUUUAAGGGUUAUGAAUACUAUAAUUUACACAAUAAUUUGCAGCACAAAAAAUUAUUAGAGUGAUUAGAGAAUACAUAAAAUUAUUGUAUUGUGUUUUUUUGUUUUUUAUUUUAUUGUGUGGCUUUUUUUGAACAUGUUAAAAUAAUAGAAUAAGCUUAUUUAAUCAAACCCGUUCCUAUUAUUUGUACUAAUAAUCACUGUUUCUUCAUGUUUAUACCAUAUCCUAUCA